AUGAAUGGGUCUGCGGAUGGAGUGCCCUGUAUAGACAACGGCAAAUUUUACCGCAAUCCCGAUGCCAUCGGCAGAAGAGACUGUGCGAAGUACUACUGGUGUCCGCGACUAAAAGUGCUUGAAUUUCGAUGCGCUGCCGGUCUAUGGUUUGAUGUCGACCGACAGAUCUGUGAUUUUAAGCUCAAAAUUGAUAAUUGCGAGAAAUCUCACGACGCCAGUACUCCGCGUCCGCUAUUGGCCACCGAAGAGCCCAUCUGUCCGAGCGGUCAAUUAGCCUGUGCCGACAGAAAGUGCAUUAAUAGAGACCUGUUUUGUGACGGUCAAAUCGAUUGCGCGGACGCAUCGGACGAGUCUUAUUGUGACCCCGAGAAUGACCCGAACGCUCCG